AUGUCUUCCUUCAUCUUGCCGAGCUCUUCACCAGCCGUCAACGUCACGGUUCCCGAAGACUUGUCUAAAGAUCAACUGUUGUCAUUUCCCGCAUUCAAAAAUUGGAUUUCGACUCUGCAGCAUUCGCUGUCUUUGCAACAGAACAAGGAUCACACAUUUCAUGAUUUACCCUAUAAAUUGCGGAGGAUCAGGGUCCAGUCCGUCGAUUACUUCGGCGGCGAACGUCUGGGCUUUGUAAAAUUACAGGCCGAAAUUUCAAACGACAAUGGGGAAAAGCUGCCUGGAUCAGUAUUCCUGAGAGGCGGUAGUGUUGGAAUGAUGCUUGUUUUGCAACCCGAUGACGUACCUGAGCACUCCGAAGACGAAAAGUAUGCUAUUUUAACCAUUCAACCUCGUGUGCCUGCCGGCUCUCUGGCCCUGACCGAGCUCCCUGCGGGCAUGAUUGACGAUGCUGGAAAUUUCUCUGGAGCAGCAGCCAAGGAGAUCAAAGAAGAGAUUGGUCUCGAAAUUCCCGAAGAUCAACUGACUGACCUCACGAAUCUUGCUCUACCGUCUACAGAGGAAAGCACCGGUGAGAAGCUGCAAAAAGGUACAUACCCAAGUCCGGGUGGCUGCGACGAGUUUGUACCCAUAUUCCUUCAUCAACGGCGCGUUCCCAGAAAUCAAUUAAAGGACUGGCAAGGGAAAUUAACGGGUUUGAGGGACCACGGAGAAAAGAUUACGCUCAAGCUCGUACCAUUGGAGUCACUGUGGAAAGAAGGCGGUCGCGAUGCGAAAGUCCUUUCCGGAUACGCACUUUACCAGGGGCUGAAGAAAGAGGGAAAACUCUAA